UCUUCCGCUUGUGGCUGCACGUUGAUGGUUGUCCAACACAGAUUUGUUAACAUAUUGAUAAAUUUAUCAAGUUUGAUCUGAAAACUAUCAGAAAAAAAUGCGGCCGCUUAUGCUUCACGGUCAUGAAAGGGCCAUCACCCAAAUUAAGUAUAAUAGAGAAGGGGAUUUACUCUUCUCAUGCUCUAAAGAUCCUACUCCAAAUGUCUGGUAUUCCAUCAACGGUGAAAGGCUUGGAACAUUUGAUGGGCACAAUGGCGCGGUUUGGUGCAUAGAUGUCAACUGGGAUUCAACUAAAGUAGCCACUGGAGCAGCUGAUGCCAAAUGUGGUUUCUGGGAUCUUGAAACUGGAAAAUGCCUGACUAUGAUCGAUACGGAUACAUCAGUACGUACUUGCAAUUUUUCGUAUUCUGGAAAAAUUUUAAUGUAUUCCACUGACAAAUCUAUGGGAAAACAGUGUGAGAUCAAAGUUGUUGACACCCUGGACCCAUCUCAGAUGAGCGGCAAUGGACAAAUAUGUUCAAUUCCCUUACCAGGUCACAAAGUGACAAGUUCAGUUUGGGGUCCAUUGGAUGAAUAUUUGCUUACAGGCCUUGAUAAUGGUGCACUUUGCAAGUAUGAUUUGAAAUCUUUGCAGAAGUUUGCAUCAAAGCAUGAGCAUCGUGAUGUCAUCAAUGACAUUCAAUACUACAAAGAUCAAACCAUGUUCAUCACUGCAUCUAAGGAUCAUACUGCUAAGCUGUUUGACACCAAAACAAUGGAUUUGCUGAAAACAUACAAGACAGAACGACCUGUCAAUUCUGCUGCUAUAUCUCCUAUCCGAGAUCAUGUGGUUUUGGGUGGUGGUCAAGAAGCUAUGGAUGUAACAACAACAUCAACACGAGCUGGUAAAUUCUAUGCCAGAUUCUUUCAUUUAAUAUUUGAAGAAGAAUUUGCUCGAUUAACAGGUCACUUUGGACCUAUCAACAGUGUUGCUUUUCAUCCAGAUGGUAAAAGUUACAGCAGUGGUGGAGAAGAUGGAUAUGUUCGAGUUCAAACCUUUGACCCACCUUAUUAUGACUUUGAUUUUGAGUAUUAAUUGGAUGAAUGCUAUAAAAUAAUUAAUAAAUAUUCCUGAAUUUGUUUUAUAAAUAAAUGUCUUUACUUCACAA